UUCUCUAGAUAUCCUGCUGUUUGCUUCAUUUUCUGAGCUCGGAUGUGUUCCAGGGUUUUGGUUGUUAAUGGCGUAGGCCGCAGCCAGCUGUUUAUCACAACAUGGAUCCAUUCAUCUUUUGCAACAUAAAGAAUAAACUCAUUCGCUUGGUAAUAUGUUGUUUGUAAAUUGUUUAUUGAAUGGACGAGACAGUCAAUGGAUCGAGAAAUCCCGAGUUAUAUACUGUAAUCUUGUGUACUGGAACAUGCUAGCUAAUUUUCAGUCAGCGGCCAAUAAACCAAGCAGGAAAACGACAGAACGGACAGUUACCGUGAAAGCAAACACUGCGCUAAGAACCGAACAAAGCCUGGAAAAGGCCGGAUCAAACCGGUCACGACACACGGGUCUGAGUAGAGAGUAGAUGACAGAAGUUUCUCGAACUUUCUCGCCCGUCCUCCGUCGCUUCUGGGACCCGCGCGAUGUUUUUCCUCGAUAAUAAUAACACGUCGCUAGAUUGAUUUGCUGUAUAAAAACUUAAAAGUAUAUUGUAAAACAAAACAAUAUUGAAAAAAAAAAAAAAAUACACGAAUCAAAGAAAACAUAAUUUCAGAGAUGUUUUACAAUAGUCUGAAACACAGCAUCCGGUCCGAUCACCUGGCUAAAGGUAACGUGACGUCAGUGCUUUAGCCACGCCCUACUACAGUUCAUUUGAGCGGAGUUAACAGUGUGUCACGCUUCUGUACAGUAAUCCGGUCAUAACAGCGUCGAAGAUGAGCCACUUUCUGCUAGUUAUUUGCUCUCUCAUCAUCGCCAGUGCUGCUGAGAUGUCACGAGAGUUUCGUCGAUGCUCUCCCCGAUGGGUUAACGCCAGUCAAGUUAAAGCCAGCUGUAGCGACAUCCAGAUUGCACAGUACUGUGAUCCUGAUCAGAGCUGUAGAAACAUGAGCAAGCCCGGGGUCUCGCUGGAGAAGGACAGGGAAAGAGGACUAUGCCUAACCAUCACCAACUGCUCCUAUGAGUCGUGGUCCUGCGAAGCACUGAGUUACAUCGAUGGCGAAGAAUUUGGGGAGAAUUUUACUGUCAACCUGACGUGCAACCAACCUACUAGCACUUUGCCCAGUCCAGGACUUACAAGCACUUCAGCAACUUCAGGAUCUGCCAGCACUUUGCCCAGUCCAGGCAAUAAUGAGUCAGGGUCUGUUUCAGCUGGGGUCACUGUGCUGAUCAUCGUGUCGAUCAUCUUUGGGCUGACCAUCGUAGUGCUUUGCAUCUGUUACAAGAAGGUGAAGUGCUUCAGGAAAGCAUCUUCUGUCAUCAACAAAGUAUCAAUAGGACUCCUAGAGAAGAGCAUUUGGUGAUUUGGAAGGCAGGAAGAAGUUCCUGGAAUCAUAAAUCAUGGUGUAAAGUAAUGAUUAAGAAAAACCUACUCCGGGAAUACAACAUGAAGGAGAUCUCUUCUGCCACCUCAACUUGAAUAUGAUGUGCAAUAGUUAAGUUAAGUAACAUCCUGGCAUACAAGGCAGUCAACAGACCAUUGUCUUGUUGUAGAGGUCUGCAUAAGAGGUCAUCCCACCUGUACUCAGCAAUCAUAAUCCCGUGCCAAACUGCUGAGUCAGAUCCCAUGGACGUGCCUUCAAACCUCUACCUUGGUAAACCUACCAGAAGUCUCAAAGUUCUUCUAGAACAGGGUUUUUCUACAUUUUAUGUUUACCUCUGCAACAAAGUCAUGAUAAGCUAAAGUACAUUUUACUCUGCAUAAGAGUGUCUGGCAAAUACUUCUGUUUAUAUAUACUGUGUAUUACGCCACUGGGUUUGAUUGUUACAUGACUGGUUUUGGAAUCAGCAUAGGGACAGUAUUGUAAUCUUGUGCCAUCCUGAGGAGGAGGGCUUCUCCACCUGAACAUCUCCCAAGGUUUAUUCCUCUGUAACUAAACCUUUUGGGGAGUUUUUUCUUCACACUGUCACCUUUGGCUUCUUCACUGGGUGACACAAAGACCACAGUAUGUAUUUUAAGAAGUGCUGCUUAAAAUGUAUUUAUAAAUAUUCAGUAUUUUAGUUUUU